AACAGGAAGUUGAAACAGCACGCUUCAUUUUUCUCCCCCACGUUACAGCUCCUGUCGUCGGUGUCUGACAACGUGAAUGCCGGACGACUGAGCCGUCACCAUGGCAGCAGGCAGGCUGAGCUUCAGCAACAUCACCGCCCUGGCGCCGAUGGUCCGGGUCGGGACUCUGCCCAUGAGGCUGCUGGCGCUGGACUACGGAGCCGAUGUGGUCUACUGUGAGGAGUUGAUCGACAUCAAGAUGGCCCAGUGUCACCGAGUUGUGAACGGUGAGUUCUGGAGACGUGGAUUCGUCGCCCCAGAUGAGCGAGUGAUGUUCAGGACCUGCGAGAGGGAGAGGGACAGAGUCGUCCUUCAGAUGGGGACGGCGGACCCGGACCGAGCGCUGGCCGUGGCCCGGCUCGUGGAGAAGGACGUGGCGGCCAUCGACGUGAACAUGGGCUGUCCCAAGGAAUACUCCACCAAGGGCGGGAUGGGAGCUGCUCUCCUCUCGGACCCCGACAAGAUCGAGGCGAUCCUCAGGAAGCUCGUGGCAGGAGUCUCCAUACCGGUCACCUGUAAAAUCAGAAUCCUGCCUUCGUUGGAGGAGACGCUCAGUCUGGUGCGGAGGAUUGAGAGGACGGGCGUCGCUGCGGUCGCGGUUCACGGCAGAAUAAAAAGGAGGCGCCCCCGCCACCGCCUCCACGCGACUUACAUCCAUGCCAUUAAAACGGCAACAAGGAAAGGGUUAACGGGGCCGUCUGUCCUCAGCGGGGGGUCCCUGGACCUGGUGAAGACCAACGGGGACAUCGAGGCGUUCAGGCGGGCGACGGGCGCCUCCUCCGUCAUGCUGGCCCGCGCCGCCAUGUGGAACGCGUCGGUGUUCAGCGCCCGGGGGCCGUUCCCUCUGGACCGGGUCAUGGAGGACUACCUCAGAUAUGCGAUCCGGUACAACAACCACGCCUUCAACACCAAGUACUGCCUGUGUCAGAUGCUCCGGGACAAGGUGGAGUCCCCCCUGGGGAAGCAGGUGCAGGCGGCCCAGACCAACGGCGAGCUCAGCGAGGCGUUCGGCCUGCAGGAGUUCUACCGGCGGACCCAGGACCGGCUGCAGGCCCGGCGGGACGCCCUGCAGACCGGCACCACGCCGGACCCGCUGGUGAUGGACGGAGACGUCGCCACCAUGCCGGUCAAGUUCGAGCGGAGGGAGUACCCCCCCCACAUCACCCCCAAGAUGUUCCUGCUGGAGUGGAGUCGCCGGGAGAAGCUGCAGCAGCCGCAGUACCAGAUGGUGCAGCGCUCUCAGGAUCGAGCCUUUCAAUCGACCGUGACUCUAGCAGAGAAGAGAUACAGAUCUACACUGUGGGAGAAGUCGAAGAAGUUUGCGGAGCAGGCGGCGGCCGUGGUCUGCCUGCGGGUCCUGGGGGUCCCGGAGGGACGCAUCGGCGAGGAAGACUCCGGCCUGGUCUGCAAGAGGAAGAGGGACGGGAAGACGAGCGGCGCCGCGGAGGACGAGGCGACCAAGAAGAGACACGCGCUCGAUCUCCAACAGGAAACGGACAACACGAAGGCCGCGGCGGCGGCGGCUAACGGAGACGCGGCUAGCGGAGACGCGGCUAGCGGAGACGCGGCUAACGGAGACGCGGCUAACGGGGACGCGGCUAACGGGGACGCGGCUAGCGGAGACGCGGCUAGCGGAGACGCGGCUAGCGGAGACGCGGCUAACGGGGACGCGGCUCCAGGACAUCCGUAGAGUUCAUGACGCGUCAGAAACUUUUUUUUAGUUUGAGUUUUUAGUUUGAAAAGGACAAAAAAAAAGCUUCCGGACCGAGGGACGUUUGUGAGAAACGGAGGAAAAACGAGUCGAGAGACGUUUAAAAAGCAGCUGGGGU